UUGAGUGUGUCACCAGACUGUAUAUCCUAGUCUUUUCCUUGCUUUCUGACUUGAGUAAAAAAGCUUAGAACUCUCAUUACCAUAAUGGUAGCUGUGCAAACAAGUCAUUAUCUCAGCAUGAGAAACACAUUGUUCAGAGAUUUAACACCAUCAUCCUAUAUGAAAGGCCAUUUUCCAUUCAAUGCCCCAUGACACAUCCUGAGAAAGAAGCUUUUGAGGAGGAUCUGGGCUAGAGUAUUUAAGCUGAGGGUGCACAGUCUUAAGAAGCUAUUUUCAAAGUAAGGAGGAUGUCUACAUUUUGGCUUUGCCUGUGUGCAUUUUUCCAGUUUUCCUGGACUUUGCCCAUGUACUCAGAGAAAACUCAUGGACAUUCACCAGAGCACAACAAGAUAGGAAGAGCGGUGGAACCCAAUAACUUCAUCAAGAAGCACAGACCAGAUCAGAUGGAGAGUAUCCUUCAAAAGCUUGGUGCUGACAGAUGGUCUAAGGGACAGGACAUUCUGAAAUACCACCGGUCACAAUGCAACCACAUGAACCAGUCGUGGAUACAAUGGCAAGGCUCAACUUAUAAUGAAGACCUGGGCUCUGAGUACACACUCAAAAUCUUUACUGGACCUCUCAAGCCGACAUUCCCCCAAAGGAACCUUUUCCAAUACAUGAGUAGGAUCUACAAGUGCUGUAGACUUGGAUUCAGCUGCAGAAGGAUAAAGGGUCUCCAAGGAACCCUAGAUGAAGGAGGAAGAGAGGCAACUUUCUACAUGGACUUGGAUAUCCUCAGCCUUUCCAUUCAGAGAGCCCAAAUACAUUUGGAAGUUUCAGCUGACGAACAACUGACCGUGAUUCCUGUACUUAACAUCAAUGGACUCAGACGUUCAAGCUUCACACAGAUAAGGAGUGGCCAUGUUGUAGACCUAACUCUUGAUGUGAUGUCCAUAUUACAAGCCUUAAAAGAGAAAGAGACGGUGGAUGCAGAGAAGGAAGAAGUAACAGAGCUGAACUUGUCGUUACAAUGUAUCCAGAACGAUCUUCAUGUCCCUUGUGACCUUCACAGAGUAUUUCUUCUUCAGUCUCCGUUCAUGACUCUACAAUACAAGUAAUAGGGACAGGACUGGUCUUCAAACUGCGAUUGCACAGAGAUAUUGAGAGCAGUAAUGAAGUCUGCUGAA